UUUCCUGCAAGUCUCUUACAUAUUCAUCAGGUCUCCGUAAAUCAUUAACAUAGGUUUCCACCCCUAUCUGCAUGCACACUAGAGUCCUCAGGCAGUUGUCCAGUGUACUCUGCUGGUCUUUUGAUGUAGGACAGAAGCCUUCCUCACUGCUAAACUUCUGAUCUUUCCUUUCUUUUACAGACUUCAGCAGUCAAGCCAGUUCUUGCUGGCUUCAUUAUCUAUGCAUGCAGUCUUUGACUCCCUUAUCGUUCGGGUUGCCCUCUCCUUGUGGUUUACAUACAAUUGUGUUAGCUGAGAACUACAGAAUCAACAUCCUUUAUCAUGUUCCCCAUCUCAAUCUUUUAGGGUCAUCCUGUCCUCGUACUCCCUAGCUCAGUCCUGUCCUUGAGGUUUAUAUACAACAUAAUCCCUGGCUUAGCUGAAACCUGCAAUAUAGGCAUGCUUUCCCUUGUUCCCUGUCACAGCACACAGCUGUGCCAAUUUCCCUGCAGCCUCUGAUUCCGCUACGCUCUGGAGCCUCUUGCUCCCAGCCCCCAAAUGUCCAAGCUCCUCCCAGAGUUUUACUGCUGUCCGGAACUGCGUAGGAGAUCUGGAAUUUUGGCAUACCCCUGUGUUUCCUGCAGCUCGGCUGGGUGUGCUCCUGCUCCUGCUACAGCACAGAUGGGGCUCCCCUGGGGCUGCAGCCACCCCAGCCUCACCGGCCAUGUCAGGGGCCUCCUGACUUCCCUCGUCACUCUGCUCCUCCUCCGGCUGGGCUCAGCCCAGCUCAGAGUGGAGGGACCAGGCCACCCUGUCACUGGCACCGUGGGGCAGGAUGUCGUGCUGCCCUGCCACUUGUCCCCUCAACGCGAUGCUCGCAGCUUGGAGGUCAGGUGGAUCCGGGACCAUAUCUCUGAGACAGUGCACCACUACCGCAAUGGAGAGGACCUGUAUGGGGAGCAGAUGGGGGCAUAUGCCGGGAGGACAGAGUUGUCCAGAGAUGGUCUCUCUGCUGGAAGCCUGGACUUGCGAAUCACAGGGCUGAGACCCUCUGAUGAUGGCCUGUACAUCUGCACUGUGAAAAAUACUGAUGCUUACGACGAAGCAAUUGUGGAGCUAGAGUUGUCAGCCACAGGCGCUGACCCCCACCUCUCCCUGGGGGGCUACGAGGCCGGAGGCGUCCGGGUGCUGUGUCAAUCGGCCGGCUGGUACCCGCUGCCGCAGCUGCUGUGGAGGGAUGCUCGCGGGCAGCACCUGCCCUCGGUCUCCCAGACACAUUCCCAGGACCAGGAGGGGCUCUUUGAAAUCGAAGGCGCCGUCAUCAUGACCGGGAGCGUGGAGGGGCCCUUGUCCUGCAUGAUCAGGAGCAGCCGCCUGCAGCAGGAACGGGAAUCAUCCCUGCACAUCGCAGCUCCCUUCUUCCACAACGCACAGCCCUGGAAAGUGGCUCUGGCUCUGGUCCUCGUGCUUUUUGUGGUGUCCAUUGGCCUCGGUGUUUAUCUCUUUCGAAAGCAAGUGGCACAGAGCCGAGAGCUGGCGAAAAAGGAUGCAGAGCUGGGGGAACAAGCUGCAGAGAUAGAAGAAAAAGCUGAAAGACUGAAGGAACAAGCUGCAGAGCUGGCAUGGAGAAGGUGUCUGCUGCCUCAAAAUAGAGUGAAGGUGACCCUGGAUGCAGACACGGCUCAUCGUGAGCUCGUCCUGUCGGAGGACCAAAGGAGUGUGAGAUGGGAAAGUGAAUUGAAGGACAUUCCUGACACAGAUGAGAGAUUUGAGAGUCGGCGCUGCGUGUUGGGCUAUGAGGAGUUCAGAGAUGGGAGGCACUGGUGGGAGGUGGAGGUGGAGGGGCAGGGGAAGAGAGAAAGGAAUUCUUGCUGGGCUGUGGGAGUGGCCAGGGUAUCUGUGAAGAGGAAGGGGGUGUUGAACAUGAACCCUGAAGAAGGGAUCUGGGCUGUGCAGUACGAUGAAGGACAGCUCAUGUCUCUCACAUCUCCUCGCACUCCCUUGUCCCUGUCCCCUGUCCCCACAAGGAUCUGGGUCUGUCUCGACUGUACCCAGCAGCACGUGUCUUUUAUCAAUGCUGACAACGAAGUUGAGAUCUUCACUUUCACAGCAGCCAGCUUCGAUAAAAAGCCCAUCCGUCCCUGGUUUCUAUUGUGGACACAGGGAAUUCAGCUGUGCCUGAGGGACAGCACCCCCCAGACCCUGUCCCCAGCCCUGGGGGGCUCCUGCCCUUCUCCAGACACUCCUGUAUCACCUCUCCUUGGUUCUGCAGGAGCAGCACAGGAAUGAGGGGCAGUGGGGCCAGGGGCUGCCCUGUGUUCCUCCCUGCUGCUGGAGGAGGGCUGGGAUGCUGCAAGCAGGGACCAGGCCCCUUGCAGCCCCUGAGUUCUGCCCUGCCCAUGACUCCUGUGCUGGGGCACAAGCCCUGCUGGCACCCACGGGUCUCACCCUGCCUCUGAGCCCCAGCAGGCAGCACAGGGGCUGCAGCAGCUCUCCACACUCCUCUCCCUUCUGCUUGCACUGCUUGCAGACCCCAGGGCAAGGGAUGUGGUCACCGUGUGCUGCCGGCCAUUGCAGGCCACCUUUGCCUCCUAGUUCAGGGUUGAUCCUUGCUCUGUGCCUGGUGCUGAGCAUGAGCAGCCUGUGGGGGCUCUGUGUUACCUCCUCUGGAGCAGGGCUGUGUCAAAUAAAGUUUUGCACAGGAAGAUGGA